CCUAUCUUAUCUCCUUGAACUACUACUCUACUAGGUAAUAGUUCGUGAUACAGCGACAGUCUCAAAUCAUCUGAAUGGCGACGCUCCCGCGGCCUUUGCGACUGUCUUCUUCCCCUCAGACACAACUUCAACCUCCUUGAAGACCACAGACCCUAUCAACGGUCUCCCACCAUGUCCCAACGACUCGAAAAAGCCCUUGCGGCAAUCGAUGCUGCCCACUCAAACGACCCGACCAAGACGAUCAUCAACGGCGAAGCAGUCCCAUACGAGCUACUUUACGCACAGAAGAUGACCAAGUACCUGCACCAGCUAAGCUCUACGCCCUCGGAAGAGCUCCAACUCGCGAUCCGCGCACAGCACUUCCGCCGAUGGGAAGUCCCGCGCUCAUCCUACCCAAUGACGAAGAUAGGCUACCACAGUUGGCGGACAUACCUCAAGAAACGACAAGCCGAGCUUGUGGCGCCGAUCUGUCGCGAUGCGGAAUACAGCAAGGAGUCGGUGGAGCGCAUCGAGGCUCUGAUCAAGAAGGAGGGCUUGAACAAGGGCGAGGAAGAGGUGCAGAUUCUGGAAGAUGUGGCGUGCUUGGUGUUUCUGGACGAUCAGUUUGAUGAGUUUGAGAAGGAGCAUGAUGAGGACAAGAUUGUGGGCAUUCUGCGGAAGACGUGGGGGAAGAUGGGGUCGCUGGGAAGAAGCGCGGCGUUGGAGAUGCAGAUGAGUGGGAGGGCGAAGGAGUUGGUUGGGAAGGCGCUUGAGGGGAAUUGAUGGUUUGGUAAGGAUAGCAUCAUGAGGGAUCAGAGUAACAUUGACGGUUGAAGCUUCUCUCAACCUGACUGAUGGUGUGAAUAUGCGAUGUCAGCCAAUCCAUCGAACAUGUGUCAGUCCCAGGAUAGCGGUUAAAUCCAGUUCUAGAGUUAUCACUAAAAUGAUCCAGCCGACGAAUACUACGAGUAGUUGCCAAUAUAUACUCUAUUCAUUACGUGGUUAGUGACAGACCACUGCAAGCUCUUA